AUUAGUCAGUUUACAUUAUUUUAUUUAUCCACAAAAUGAUAAGCAUAGCAUCUACACUCUAAACAAAUUGCUAGAAAUUUGACAAACGCGUAUGAGACUCCAAAAUUAUUUGAUUUUAUUCCCUCCAAUAAAUCCAUCAAUCAUUUCUCUCUCUCUCAAUUUAUUUUUUCCUAAGAAAAUGGAGGCAUCAUUCGUAUCUAGAGCAAAAACUGCCUUCCAUUCAGCAGCUGCUAAAGCGGAGAAAGUUUUCACUGAUAUCAAAAAAUCUGAUCUCAUCAACGAUCCAGAUUUGGAUAAACCAUUGCCGGCGACGUCAACGAGUGAGAUUAUUACAGACGAUAAAGACGAGUCUAAUAAGGACGGAAAGAAUUCAAAGUGGAGACCUCCACCAAUAAAGGCAAAGCAGGACUGGCAGGAGAGGUUUAAGAACAUAAGAAUAGGCAAAAGAGGAACUGAGAGCACUGAUAAAGCUGAAAGUCCACAAAUGGCAUAUGCAAUUUUUGAUGAAAAUAUUUGCUUCACGAGUGAGAGAGAAUUACCUGAUUCAAAGGACUCUGAAUCAGGUUCGGCAACGGAAGAGUCAAACCUUCGGGACAGAGAUGUCAUUCCUCCAGCCGCUGUCAUGAAGCAAUUAGCUGUAGCUGUUGAGGCUGGAAAGAGGUGUAUUACAAUGAAAGACUUCCUAGCUUCAUCCAGAGGUUCCUCACCCAUGGAGAGGGCUAGCUUAAGCUUAUCAGCAGUGAAGUCAUUAGUGCUACGUGAUAAAGAUGACAAAUUUGCGGGUGAAUUUGGUGCAGAUGACAAAGUUUUGGCUCUUAUCAAUUUACUGCUAGAUGCAGGUAGCUGCCAGUUUCUUCAAUUAUGUGGUGGAAUAUCUUUCUGUGAAGGACAUUUUCCUGGAAGGAAGGUAGAUUCUGCGAAUGCUUCAUCUUUGCCUAAGGAUAUUCAUGGUGCUCCUCCUGAGAGUUUUAUCGUUAAGCUUGCUGAUGUAACUGGACGUAUGAAAUCACUGCGGAAAAUGGCAUUAUUAUGGUGCAAAAUUGCUGCAGAAUUGAGGAGGCUGUGGUCUGAAGGACAAUAUAUCCCUGGCAUUCCUCCAGAUCAAAUUCCAGACCUAAAUUCGUGUCUUUUGUAUCAGCAAUUCCAGGUCAUUAACCGUUGCAUUUCCAGAAAAAAUCGUCGCAUUGCAGCCACUGAAUCGUUGGAUUCGGUUGUCAGGCUAGCAAGUUCAAACAAUGAUGUUCUUGUUGAUGAGGGCACUCUCCCUGCAACUCCCGUCUUGUACGCUAAAGUUAGCACAGGAGAAUUAAUUCUUCGGUUAGGAGUGGAUAGACGAUCUGAUUUAACAAUGCUGGAAACGGGUGAACCUAUAUACACGCCAGUGAUGCAGGAAGAACCUUUGCUAACAGAAGAUCUAAUCAAAGAAACAGAGGAGCUGGUGCUCCGAACAGGGAGUCUUGGAGCUGGUUGCUCUCAACUCCUGUCUGACAUGCAGGCUUUCAAGGCAGCAAACCCUGGGUGUAUAUUAGAAGAUUUCAUUAGAUGGCAUUCUCCUCCUGAUUGGAUGGAAUAUGAUGCAAAUGAUGAAAUUAAUGAAACCCUUGAUGCUAAUGACUCAUUGUCUGGAAGAGGCCAACUGAGUAGUCGAAUGCAGAAAGAAGGCAACUUGUGGCGCGAACUAUGGGAAACUGCGAAGCCACUGCCGGCUGUUAGACAAACUCCACUAUUUGAUGAGGAUUUGGCUGUGGAAAGUAUUCUGGAUAACUUAGAGGAUAUAUCGCCACAUGAGCUUUUCAAGCAGCUGUUUAUAUCUCUUCUGGGAUCAGGAUUUGUAACUGCUGAAGCCACCCUUUCCAACAACUCAAAUUUAUCAAAGCUGUUCUGCGAUUGUAAAGAAUAUGUCAUUGUCACCUGUCAAAGAAGCAACUGGGUUGAGAAAAUUGAUGAGUUGUGCCAGGUCUACGAGACUGUAGAGACAAUGGUACUCAGUCCAGAUGAAGUCAUAAGGAUCACAUUUCAACCUGAAGAACCUACUGCUGCGCCCGCAAAUGAAUUAAAAAGUCGAUUCAAAAGGCUGAGUCUCAUUUUUGGUAACAAGGAUAAACCAUCACCGCAAGGCCAAAAGAACCAGGAGGAGAGUCCGUUACGCCAACCAUUCUCAUCGAUGUUUUCAAAGAAACCUCCCAAGCCUGGAAGUUCAUCUCCAGCUGAUAAACCUGUUACACCCGUUGAAAAUGACUGGACAAUUGUAUAAGAAAUGUUUUUUGCUCAUUGUGCAAGUGUAAAUUCAUGUUACUAGUUUAGGCACAGAGACCCGAUGAAUAUCCCUGCAUUGUGAGUUUCAGCUGAUGCUCGUGACGAAACGGUUAAUGUAAGAAUCUAUCAAAGAUUCUAGUGUAUCUGAUAUGAUGGGAGUUAUUUUUCAUGAAAAACAUUUUUCGGAAA